AGAGGUUGAGCGUUGCGCUUUCUUCGAUAGACUGUAGGUGGCGCACCACUGAGUGCAUAACUAUACUUGUUUGACAGACCCUAGGCAAAGAGUAGAUGCUGCGCACCUAAGUUGGAGAUAACUUGAAGAAGCCCAUUCUUGUCACGUUUUAUUUGAACUACGAUGUGGACUCACUGCAAGACCUGACAAUAGUAAUAUCAAGGGCUACCAACUGACAGGAUCGUACGCUAGAACGAAAGAGAGAGAGAGACGUCACGACAGACAUAAACUCUUGUCCCCGCUACUCAAGAGACCAUCGUUAUCAAUGAGGACAUUAGGCAUGGCUGUGUUCAAACAACAACGAGUGGAGGAUUUUUAUGAAAUUGGAGAAGAACUUGGCAGUGGGCAGUUUGCCAUCGUGAAGCGCUGCAAGGAGAAGAGCACUGGCGUGGAGUACGCCGCCAAGUUCAUCAAGAAGCGCCAGAGCCGGGCCAGCCGUCGCGGGGUGCGGCGGGAGGAGAUCGAGCGCGAGGUCACCAUCCUCCAGCAGAUCCAGCACCCCAACAUCAUCACGCUGCACGACAUCUACGAAAACCGGACCGACGUGGUGCUCAUCCUGGAGCUAGCAAGGGGUGGGAAGCUCUUUGACUUCCUGGCCCAGAAGGAGUCUCUGAGUGAAGAGGAGGCCACAGAGUUCAUCAAACAGAUCCUCGAUGGCAUUCAGUACCUCCACUCCAGAAACAUUGUGCACUUUGACCUCAAGCCUGAAAAUAUAAUGCUGCUGAACAACAAAGUCCCUCUACCCCGCAUCAAACUGAUUGAUUUCGGCCUGGCACACAAGAUAGAAGAUGGAGUAGAGUUUAAAAAUAUCUUUGGGACCCCUGAAUUUGUUGCACCAGAGAUAGUGAACUACGAGCCCCUGGGAUUAGAGGCCGAUAUGUGGAGCAUAGGAGUCAUCACCUACAUCCUAUUAAGUGGAGCAUCUCCAUUCCUGGGGGAUACCAAACAGGAGACGCUGGGCAACAUCUCAGCCAUGAACUAUGAGUUUGACGAAGAGUUCUUUGGCAGCACCAGUGAGCUGGCUAAGAGCUUCAUCAAACAGCUACUGGUUAAGGACACUAGGAAAAGGAUGACCAUUCAGGAUGCUCUCAAUCACCCCUGGAUAAAGUCGCACCAAUGCGUGGCGGCUGCGGUGGAGGAGAGCUCGGCCCCGGGGGCGCCACGGCGUAAGACCGAGGCAGAGCCAGAGGCCCGGCAGCUGAAGACCAAGCGCCUGAAGGAGUACACCGUCCAGUCACACGCCAGCGUGCCGCCCAACCACACCUACGCCAACGUGGAGCGCUUUGCCCGCGCGCUGGAUGACAUCGCACUGAUGGAGGCGGACGUGGCGGGCGUGCGGGAGCGCCGAGAGGCCCUGCAGGGCGACGUGGAGGCGCUGCUCUCCGCCUGCGGUCAGCGCGAGGCCUGGCUCCGUGAGGGCGGCGAGGGUGUGCGCCAGGAGCUGUCCCGCGCCCGCUAUGAGCUGCGCAAGGCCGAGGCCACGCGGCACGGCCUCCACCAGGACCUGCGCGCCACCGACGCCAGCCUCCACAGCGUGGGCCAGCGCUACCUGGAGCGGCAGACACACCUGAGCAUGCUCAGGGAGGAGCUCACCUCCGAACUCUGCUGGCUACGAGAGGUUGUCGUGAUGAGUCUCCACAGCGACGCCGGGGGCGACCGCGUGCCUUUUGGCAGCGACGUGAACGAGGCGUUCAAGGAGCUUCUAAGCCACGCCUGUGGGGCGGAGCUCUGCUCAGAGGCGGGGCCUGAUCUCACAGAGACUGACUAGGGAUUAGAAGGGACGGGAACACACAUGGCAAUGUAAACACGUCUUUAGUACAAUCACACAUGCAAACCUGUAGCAUAGCAAUGUAAACACAUCCUUAGUACAGUCACACAUGAAAACCUGUAGCAUAGCAAUGUAAACACAUCCUUAGUACAGUCACACAUACAGACGUCCUUAGUACAGUCAAAGUUGUUUCCUCCUGGAAUCACACUCAUUGUGAAUGGAGGUGAAAUAAAACACUGUAGGUUAUUAACUGCAUGGCAAGUAAUGUUACACAUUUGUGGGGUUGAAUGUAUUUAUUAUAAUGUAUAUGUUAAAGGAAUCUCAAUAAUAAAUUAUAUUUAAGAUUAAUUUAGUCUGAUACCAAAUACACUUUAAGCAAACACUUGUUAUACUGUAACUCCAUAAAUUUGUGUUUUGUUAAUUGCUUUUCAGGACAUAUUGGCUUUCUAAUUAUUUUCAUUUUUUAAUACCUAAAGGAGAGAUUAAUGAAAUCUUUUGUAUGUCAGCAACAAUGAAACCAAAGCACUUUUUUCGAUCAAAAAGGAAACUUUUAUCAGGAGUAGAAACAAACCCUUCGUAAUGAAAUUGUCUCCAUGCCAUUAGCACAAGGUUAUGUUGAGUCUCUCUUUAUUUGGGUAGCCUAUUUUCUAGUCUAGUCACUGAGAAUUACAAAUAGGCUUAGAUGUUAUAUGUAGAGUAAAGGUUAACGUGUGCGUGCGUGUGCGUCCGUGUGUGUGCGUACGCGCCUGUGUGUGUGCUUGUAAACAAACAAUCCGAUUGUGGCUUUAGUUCAAAUAUAUUAUACUUCAUAAAUAAUAGAGCAUUUGUGAAGCGUCUAGUAUGACUUAUGCAAAUAAAGGGUAGUCUCAUAUGCAUUGUUUUGUUUAUUGCAUUGUUUUUGCAUUGUGUUGUAUUCCACUGCUGUUUGCAGUGUAUAUUGUUUGACCCGUGUUUGAGCCAUGUCUCUCAUGUCUUGCUUUGAUAAUACUUUUACUGCAGUAAAGAGUUGACAUGUUAUGAUUUAUACUCAGCCUUAUCUUAGCCUCUUCUGUUAGCUGCACAGUUAAUGGCCCUUACUGUUACUGUUGAACUCAGCUACUGCAGAAUCCACACAAAAGAAACAUGAUGAUACACACACAUGUCUAUGAAAGCAUUUUUCUUUUUUUUGUGACUUGUUUUUUUGUCAUCAUUGUUUUUGUUUUUUUAAAUAUACUGUCAUCAUUGUUUUACACUGUUUUCAAAGGGAAAUAAAAAAUAACUAUCCUGUCACUAA